CUCAGGCUUGUCAUACUUCUGGGCCUCAUGUUCUUGGCUCUUCUGGCUCUUCCUUUGAAGAAUGAGAAAUGGCCCACUUGUCUCCAAAAUGGGGCCCAGUGUGUGGUGGACUGAGGACUGUUAUUUAGUUGGCCUGCUCGUAAUGACAGCUCCUCACCUACCUGCCGGAUCCUAGGAGGAGCCCUGGGCUGGAAUUUCCUGUUUUCGAGGGCUCCCGGGGGCUGCCCCAGCAGGCCGGCUCCCUCGCGCCGCGCCGCCGUUCCCGGGCGUUCCAGGCCAGACUUGCCGCCUCUCUCUCCGGGCUGGGCUGACUCCCGGCCUCUCCAGGUCUGGGCUUGCCGGCCGCGAGGUGGAGGAGUUGAGGGACUCGGUCGGCCCACACCAGGUGCCCAGAGGCUGGAGGUCCGUGCGCCCCGGCCGCGGCCCCGGCCCGGGCCCAGCCCCGUGCCCCUCGCCAUGGGCCUGGCCCGCGCCCGCCGGCCCUGAGCAUGGAGCGGGGCUGGCCGCAGGGGGACAGCUGUCCCGGGGAGCGGCCCGCCGCUUGCCGCCGCGCCCACAGCGUCUGCGACUCGCUGGACCUGCACGGCGCCUCGGCCGGCCGCGCUGCCGCCGCCCUGCAGGCCGCCCUCUGCGCCGCCAGUGAGCAGCCGGCGCGGCCGCGGAGCGUGUGCUCGGGCGGCCCGGAGCCGCCGCCCACCGGCGCCCGCGGCCUUUUGCUCGGCCUCCUGCGCCCGCGCCUCGGCCGCCGCCUGGCGCCCUCGGGACCGCCCGUCUCGCCUGCGCCCAGCCCCGCGUCCAGCCCCGCGCCCACCCGGCGCAGCCGCACCCGCGGGGAGCCGACUCCGCGGCCCCGGCCGGCCAGCAUGACUUUCCUGGAGGUGAACCGCCUGGAGCUGGCGGCCGCCGAGGCGCCGGGCGCGGGUCUGGGGCGCGCGGGCAGCGCGGGCUUCCUGCGCGGCGCGGCGUUGUGGAGCAGCCAGCGCUGGCCGGUGCUGCGCGGCGGGCGCGGGCCGGAGGGGCCCCGGCGCGGCCUGGCGGCGCUCAGGAAGAGCUUCAGCUUCCGCCUGCGCCGCGGCCAGGAGGUGCGGCGCUCCGAGUCGGGGCUGCUGGCCCGGCCGCCCCGCGCGCGCACCCGUAGCGACGGCGACGCCGGCUCCCUAGGCGCCUUCCCCAGCCGCCGUGACCUGCUGGGCGCCGACGCCCCGCGGGCAGCGCCGGAGCCCGGCCGCCCCCGCACCGCCGCCGGCCUCUGGAGGCUGCUCACCAGCCGCUUCCGCCGGAGGGAGCCCGCGCCCGCCGCGCCCGCCGCGCCGCUGUGGAGCCGUCGGGCGGCUGCGGCCCCGGAGCUCCUGCGCGCGCCCAGCGACUCGUUUGUGAACAGCCAGGAGUGGACGCUGAGCCGCUCCGUACCGGAGCUUAAAGUGGGCAUAGUGGGGAACCUGUCUAGCGGGAAGUCAGCCCUGGUGCACCGCUAUCUGACGGGGACCUAUGUCCAGGAGGAGUCCCCUGAAGGGGGGCGGUUUAAGAAGGAGAUUGUGGUGGAUGGCCAGAGUUACCUGCUGCUGAUCCGAGAUGAAGGAGGCCCCCCUGAGCUCCAGUUUGCUGCCUGGGUGGAUGCAGUGGUGUUUGUGUUCAGCUUGGAGGAUGAAAUCAGUUUCCAGACGGUGUACAACUACUUCCUGCGUCUCUGCAGCUUCCGCAACGCCAGCGAGGUGCCCAUGGUGCUUGUGGGCACGCAGGAUGCCAUCAGCGCUGCGAAUCCCCGCGUUAUCGACGACAGCAGAGCCCGCAAGCUCUCCACAGAUCUGAAGCGGUGCACCUACUAUGAGACGUGCGCGACCUACGGGCUCAAUGUGGAGCGUGUCUUCCAGGACGUGGCCCAGAAGGUAGUGGCCUUGCGAAAGAAGCAGCAACUGGCCAUCGGGCCCUGCAAGUCACUGCCCAACUCGCCCAGCCACUCGGCUGUGUCCGCCGCCUCCAUCCCGGCCGUGCACAUCAACCAGGCCACGAAUGGCGGCGGCAGCGCCUUCAGCGACUACUCGUCCUCAGUCCCCUCCACCCCCAGCAUCAGCCAGCGGGAGCUGCGCAUCGAGACCAUCGCUGCCUCCUCCACCCCCACACCCAUCCGAAAGCAGUCCAAGCGGCGCUCCAACAUCUUCACGUCUCGGAAGGGUGCUGACCUGGACCGGGAGAAGAAGGCUGCCGAGUGCAAGGUGGACAGCAUCGGGAGCGGCCGCGCCAUCCCCAUCAAGCAGGGGAUCCUGCUAAAGCGGAGCGGCAAGUCCCUGAACAAGGAGUGGAAGAAGAAGUAUGUGACGCUCUGUGACAACGGGCUGCUCACCUAUCACCCCAGCCUGCAUGAUUACAUGCAGAACAUCCACGGCAAGGAGAUUGACCUGCUGCGGACAACGGUGAAAGUGCCAGGGAAGCGCCUGCCCCGAGCCACACCUGCCACAGCCCCAGGCACCAGCCCCCGUGCCAACGGGCUGUCCGUGGAGCGGAGUAACACACAGCUGGGUGGGGGCACAGGUGCCCCCCACUCGGCCAGCAGCGCAUCCCUGCACUCUGAGCGCCCCCUCAGCAGCUUGGCCUGGGCUGGCCCGCGCCCUGAGGGGCUGCACCAGCGCUCCUGCUCCGUUUCCAGCGCCGACCAGUGGAGUGAGGCCACCACUUCCCUGCCCCCAGGCAUGCAGCACCCUGCCAGUGGCCCAGCUGAGGUACUCAGUUCCAGCCCCAAGCUGGAUCCUCCCCCAUCUCCCCACUCCAACCGGAAGAAGCACCGGAGGAAAAAGAGCACCGGGACCCCCCGACCAGACGGCCCCAGCAGUGCUACUGAAGAGGCAGAGGAGUCGUUUGAAUUUGUGGUGGUGUCCCUCACUGGGCAGACGUGGCACUUCGAGGCCUCAACGGCGGAGGAGCGGGAGCUGUGGGUUCAGAGUGUGCAGGCCCAGAUCCUUGCCAGCCUGCAAGGCUGCCGCAGUGCCAAGGACAAGACUCGACUGGGGAACCAGAACGCAGCUCUGGCUGUGCAGGCCGUCCGCACCGUCCGCGGCAACAGCUUUUGUAUCGACUGCGACGCACCCAAUCCAGACUGGGCCAGCCUGAACCUGGGUGCCCUGAUGUGCAUUGAGUGCUCAGGCAUCCACCGACACCUGGGGGCUCACCUGUCCCGGGUGCGCUCCCUUGACCUCGAUGACUGGCCGCCUGAGCUGCUGGCUGUCAUGACUGCCAUGGGCAAUGCCCUUGCCAACAGCGUCUGGGAGGGGGCCUUGGGUGGCUACUCCAAGCCAGGGCAUGAUGCCUGCAGAGAGGAGAAGGAACGCUGGAUACGGGCCAAGUAUGAACAGAAGCUCUUCCUGGCCCCACUGCCAAGCUCAGAUGUGCCGCUGGGGCAGCAGCUGCUCCGGGCCGUGGUGGAAGAUGACCUGCGGCUGUUGGUGAUGCUCCUGGCACAUGGCUCCAAAGAGGAGGUGAAUGAGACCUAUGGGGACGGGGACGGGCGGACGGCUCUACAUCUCUCCAGUGCCAUGGCCAACGUUGUCUUCACGCAGCUGCUCAUCUGGUACGGGGUGGACGUGAGGAGCCGGGAUGCCCGGGGCCUGACUCCACUGGCAUAUGCUCGCCGGGCCGGCAGCCAGGAGUGUGCAGACAUCUUGAUCCAGCAUGGCUGCCCUGGGGAGGGCUGUGGCUUAGCGCCUACCCCCAACAGAGAGCCUGCCAAUGGCACCAACCCCUCUGCUGAGCUGCACCGUAGUCCUAGCCUCCUGUAAGGCCCAGGAAGAGGGCAGAGGGGCCAGAAGGACUCCAUGGCCCGAAGACCCUCCUCCCUGCAGGCACUGUGAGAACAGACACACAGAUGGAGAAGCAGGGACAUGCUGAGAGGACGAAGCUGAGGAAAUUAGGGAGGAGAGUCAAAGGGAUCAAGGAGAGUUGGGGAUUUGAGCUGCUGCAGAGAGGGAUGAGGGAUUUAGCCCUCUGCCCUAAGGUGCCAUUGAAAAGGGACAGGACCCUUCGGAGGUGCCCGUGAGGAGAGGGGAGCAGGACCUCUCCCUCCUCCAGAUCCCUGCCUCCUAGUGCCAGCCCCUCACACGCCUUCAUCCUGAAACAGGAAGAGGACGGCACAGGUUGGGGGUGCUGGAUGAAAGAGACGAGGGGUGAUCUGUGAGUCCCAUGUAAACUUUGUACAUUGGAAUAUUUAUGUUUGUGUACAUAUUUGAUGUGUGUAUGUAUGAUGAGCCAAUAAACCAGACUGUGUGCGUG